CAGCGAAUGUCUCAUUGACUUACCCCCCCCCUCUGAAGAGAGGUCGAGCAAGAAGCAAAAUGUCUUUCGCAAACCUCACCCCGCGGGGAAUCUCAGCGAACAUCUGCCGUACAGGUCUCUCCCGUACAACAACACUCGGGCUGCCGCGGUCACUGCUGGCGAUUGAAAGGUCAAAAUCGGCUUCCCCACUGAUGCUGCCGCGAGUACGGAACUUCUCCUUUACCAAUACAAGCCGCAACAAGGCCGCCACCCCAGCCCCCGCCACCCACCCCGGAACGCACUCUUCUCCGUUGGGUACUUUAGCAAACACCUUCGCCCACAACUCUCAAACCCUCAAAGCUGGUACCAAAACCCAGCCAUUCUUUCCGGACAUCAGUUCCCCGACCGUGGGCUACUGGCUGCUGGGCUCUGCGGGACUAGUCUUUGGCAUAGUAGUCCUAGGCGGACUCACUCGGCUGACCGAGUCCGGCCUAAGCAUAACAGAAUGGAAACCAAUAACGGGCACCCUUCCCCCCCUCUCCCCCGAAGAUUGGGAAUCCAAUUUUAGCAAAUACCGCAACUCCCCCGAAUACUGCAUCCUGAACCCAAACAUGACCCUAGACGAAUAUAAAUUCAUCUACUACAUGGAGUGGACGCACCGACUUCUCGGGCGGAUGAUCGGCCUUUUCUUCGUCCUGCCAGCAAUCUACUUCGUCGCCCGUGGGCGCGUAAGUCGGCGCAUGGCGUUCGGCCUGGGCGGCAUAUCCGGGCUAAUAGCCCUCCAGGGUGGGAUAGGGUGGUGGAUGGUAAAAUCUGGUCUUAAAGACGAACUAUUCCAGCAACCUGGAGCGCAUCCCCGCGUCAGCCAGUACCGCUUAACGGCACACCUGGGCACCGCGUUCGCGGUGUAUGCGGCAAUGCUAUGGAACGGGCUAUCGGUUCUCCGCGAGAACCGCCUUCUACUACCGAACCCGAAAGCCGCGAUUGAUGAAUUCAACGCGCUAUCCAACCCCGUGCUCCGCCCGUUCCGCCGUCUAGUAGGCGUGAUCGGUGUACUGGUGUUCAUAACCGCCAUGUCCGGCGGUCUGGUCGCCGGCUUGGAUGCGGGCCUCAUUUACAAUGAAUUCCCAAAAAUGGGCAACGGGUACAUUCCCCCGCUCACGGAGCUCAUGGACCCAUUCUACGCUCAACAUCCAGAUCACUCGGACACGUGGUGGCGCAACAUGCUGGAGAACCCCACAACCGUGCAAUUCGAUCACCGAUGUCUUGCCAUAUCCACCUUUUCCUUCAUUGCUGCGGUGUUCGCUUACUCGAGAUUGAGCCCCGCCGUCGCCGGGGCGCUCACGAAGAACGGGAAAGGGGGGAUUACUGGAGUGAUGCAUUUGGCUAUCUUGCAGGUUUUGCUCGGCGUUGGGACCUUGGUGUACAUGGUCCCUACGCAUCUAGCGGCUACCCAUCAGGCGGGGAGUCUAGCGCUGUUUACGGGCGCUAUCGUGCUUGCCUCAAGGGUUUGGCUGCCCAGGGCUGCGGCCAGUGCCGCGAGGAGAAGGUUGGAGGUGAUGGCGGGGAGAAAGGUUGGGGGGGGAGAAGGUCGUGAGGCGAGGCGAGGCGGUGAGUGA